AUGGAGUACGCGCAAUAUCAGCAACAACCACAAAGCACAUAUCACAAUUCCGCAUCGAACAAUAACAUCACAUCGCCCACGAGCCAACAUCUCCAGCAGACUUCGCCAAUCCUGUCGUCACAGCAACACCAGCAGCAGCAAGAGCAACAACAGCAACAACCCGCGACGAACCAAACCCACAACAUGUAUCAGCAACCCUACGGCGUGCCUCAACAGGGCAUGGGCUAUGCCAUGCCCCAGAUCCAGGCCGCAGCCAUGGCAGCGACUGCCGCCGCCUCGGGAUCAAAUUACGCCUACGGCAUGUCCUCGGACCCAAGCCUCCAGCAGACCUCGCCGCGGAUGGGCGGCGUCAACAAGAAGGAGGGUAGGGACCCCCGAUCGCCGCAACAGAUGAACAGCAUGCCCCAGCGUCGCUUGAGCCAAGUCACAAGCCCCGGCGUGCCCAACGCGCAGACGAUGAUGAACCAUGCGGGCGCGCGUGGCGGUGUUGUGCCGCCGCUGCACCCACCCCAAUCCCCAGAAAUGGCCACGGCACCCGUUGAGGAGUCCCCGCUCUACGUCAACGCCAAACAGUUCCAUCGGAUCCUCAAGAGGCGCGUAGCCCGACAGCGGCUGGAGGAGGCUCUGCGGUUGACGUCUAAGGGCCGCAAGCCGUACCUGCACGAGUCUCGCCACAACCAUGCAAUGCGCAGGCCGCGUGGCCCGGGCGGCCGCUUCCUAACGGCUGAAGAGGUCGCCGAGAUUGAGCGCAGCAAGGCUGCCGGGGGCGACGAGAACAAGCCCGAGGGCGGCGAGACGGAGCCGGCGGCCAAGGCCGGAUCCAAGCGCAAGUCGGAGGGCGGCUCGGGCUCGGCCAGCAAAAAGGCCAAGCUGGACGCGUCGAGCGUAGAGGAGGAGGACGACGACGAUGCAGAAGAUGAGAGCUAA